GGUAGGUACAUGGUGUCUGGUGUGGAAUUGAAGGUGAGAUGGUCAUAUUUCUGCCUUUAAGUUCCCUCACCCUCCUCCUCUCCCCCAUAUGCUCUACCUACUACCCAUCUCCCUUUCUCUUCCCUUAUAUUCCCCCCUUUCACCAUCUUCCUUUCACUCUAUCCCCAUAGUUCACCAUGAUCUCCGUCGCCGAUCACCCCGUCGAACUCGAUACCCCAAAGCUCGACCAACAGCUCUCCCUUCCUGAACCCACCUCCCAUCACAUUUUCCGAUCCAAACUCCCCGAUAUUCCCAUCUCAAACCACGUCCCUCUCCACACCUAUUGCUUCCAAAACCUCUCUUCUUUCUCCGACAAACAAUGCUUGAUAUCUGGAUCGUCCGGAAAAGUCUAUUCCUUCCACGAGACUCACUUGCUUGCACAGAAGACGGCCGCUGGUUUAUACAGUUUGGGCGUUCAAAAGGGAGAUGUCAUCAUGAUUCUCCUCCAAAACUGCGCUGAAUUCGUCUUUGCUUUCAUGGGAGCUUCCAUGAUCGGAGCUGUUUCCACCACGGCUAACCCUUUUUACACGCCCAAUGAAAUCUUGAAGCAGUUCAAAGCUUCCCGAGCUAAACUCGUCGUGACCCAGUCCCAAUACGUCGACAAGCUUAACGAUGACAGCUUCCCCAAAAUAGGCGAGGAUUUCAAGGUGAUCACCAUCGAUGACCCUUCAGAAAACUGUUUGGAUUUCAGUGUGUUAUCGGAAGCGAAUGAGAAUGAGAUCCCUCAAGUUUCGAUUCACCCCGAUGAUCCCGUAGCUUUACCCUUCUCUUCGGGAACGACGGGGCUACCCAAAGGAGUCGUUUUAACUCACAAAAGCUUGAUCACGAGCGUCGCUCAACAAGUAGAUGGAGAGAACCCGAAUCUUUAUCUGAAACAAGGCGACGUUGUGCUGUGCGUUUUGCCUCUGUUCCACAUUUACUCGCUCAACAGCGUGCUCUUGUGCUCCCUCAGGGCCGGAGCUGCGGUUCUGUUUAUGCACAAGUUUGAGAUAGGGGCGUUGUUGGAGCUGAUACAGAGGCAUAAAGUGUCGGUAGCGGCGGUGGUUCCGCCGUUAGUUUUGGCGUUGGCUAAGAAUCCGGUGGUGGCGCAGUUUGAUUUGAGCUCGAUCAGGGUAGUGCUUUCCGGGGCGGCUCCGCUCGGAAAAGAGCUGGAAGAGGCUCUCAGGGGAAGGGUUCCUCAGGCAGUUUUGGGACAGGGAUAUGGAAUGACAGAGGCUGGACCAGUGCUGUCAAUGUGCCUAGGGUUUGCUAAACAACCCUUUCCAACCAAGUCAGGGUCAUGUGGAACGGUGGUUAGGAAUGCGGAGCUGAAGGUGAUUGACCCUGAAACAGGGUGCUCCCUGGGGUACAAUCAGCCGGGGGAGAUUUGCAUUCGAGGACCCCAAAUCAUGAAAUGUUAUUUGAAUGACAGCGUGGCCACUGCAGCCACCAUUGAUGUCGAGGGUUGGCUUCACACGGGUGAUAUAGGUUAUGUGGACGAUGAUGAUGAGAUCUUCAUCGUUGAUAGAGUCAAGGAAAUCAUCAAAUUCAAGGGCUUUCAGGUGCCACCAGCUGAGCUUGAGUCCCUCCUUGUAAGCCAUCCUUGCAUUGCAGAUGCAGCUGUAGUUCCGCAAAAAGAUGAAGUUGCUGGUGAAGUUCCUGUUGCAUUUGUGGUUCGGUGCAACGGCUUUGAGCUCACCGAAGAUGCUGUCAAAGAAUUCAUUGCUAAACAGGUGGUUUUUUACAAGAGAUUGCAUAAGGUGCACUUUGUUCAUGCAAUCCCCAAGUCUCCUUCAGGGAAGAUUUUGAGAAAAGAUCUGAGAGCCAAGUUGGCUAUUGCUGCUACCCAAAUACCAUGAAAAUUGUGUUGGUUUUGUUUUUUCUUAGGCUUAAUGUGUCAAGAUAGUUGUUGGAAAGCAAAAGUUCAGUAUGCAAUUAAUUCUCUGUUAUAUUAAGUUUGUUCUCAAAUGAAGUUGUCAUGAUUGUAAGCUGUAACCAAUUUGUUCCGAGGUGGUGCUGUAAUAAGAGGGGAAUUAGAGCCAGUGAUGUCGCUUCAAGUUUGGCUCAACGUGUAUGUCCUCGCCAUUGGUUUAGAUGGGCAUUAAUUCUGUGUUCCAACUUGUAUUGUUCUCUCUUAUAUUGGGGAAAAAGCCAUUCUUUGAAUUGCUACCA